GGGACCCUCACCUGGCUCUACCUGGCCUCAGGGGACCCUUACGUCACAGAAACCCUGGUCAGACAGGCCGAGGUGGUUGCUCAGCCCAGGGUCUACACUGUGGAGUGUUCUGAGGACUAUGAGAACUACAAACGCUACCCAGGUGGGUUUAAAACAACACAGUUUAGUAUUAAAGCCACAAUUUGUAAGUUAUGCAUGCCAUGGUGAUUUGAACAAAGGUGAACAGGCAGGUGGAAGUUUCUACUCUGAUGUUGCAGCUGAUGUGAGAUGCUCUUUUCCCCAGGAUGCACUCCUCAGACGUGUGGCCGAGCCGUCACAGACAACUCGGUGCCCAGGGAGGAGGCCAUGGCCCUCAGGAGGUGAAGGAUUCAAAACCAUCUCUUUCUCUUCUCCCCCCCCCCCUCUCCCUUAUCUCUCUCUCUCUAUCUCUCUCUCUCUCUCCUUUUCUCUGUAACUUAUCUCUCUACUUCUUUAGGUUGGCAGAGAUGGGGCUGGCUCUAGCUGGUUCAGAUGGAGGGGUGAGUAUUUACUUUUUAACACAUAUUUGAACUUAAACAGGACCAGGGAGGAGCUAGGAUGAAGACUGUUACUCAGACUCCAGUUGUAUCUUCCCCGUGUCUCCACUAGAGGUCAGGGUGGUACAACCAUAAUUCUAUUGGUACAACAUCCAAAGUUCAGUUCCAAUGGGCUGAUAUAGCUACUGUGUAAUACUAUCGUUCAUGGCUGCUUGCUUGACCACUCAAUUCAAUUUCGAUUUCAAUUUAUUUCAAUUACAAUUUCAAUUUAAGGGCUUUAUUGGCAUGGGAAACGUGUGUUAACAUUGCCAAAGCAAGUGAAGUAGAUAGUAAACAAAAGUGAAAUAAACAAUAAAUAUUAACAGUAAACAUUACACUCAGAAGUUUCAAAAGAAUAAAGACAUUUCAAAUGUCAUAUUAUGUAUAUAUACAGUGUUGUAACAAUGUGCAAAUAGUUAAAGUACAAAUGGGAAAAUAAAUAAACAUAAAUAAACAGCUUCUUUAUUCACUCUCUGUCCUGUCUCCUCUCCACCCUCUAUAGACCUGUUGUUAAUGGCCUGUUAAGAUACUGUUGUGAGGGGAGUGGAAACAACAGGGGACAUCUGAAAAAAUAAGCAUGAUUUAUUUACUGAUUAGUGAGAGAGAGCAGCGUAUCCCUGGGUAGCUGACAGAACUACAAUAAAACGUGAAGGACAGAGAAGUAGACUGAAAUAAGUCCUAAUAGUUUGCUUAUUCUCCUCUUUUGGCCUCGCCAGGCUUCCAUCCUGGACCUGCACUCUGGGGCUCUGUCCAUGGGGAAGCAGUUUGUCAACAUCUACAGGUCUCUCUCUCUCUCUCUCUCUCUCUCUCUCUCUCUCUCUCUCUCUCUCUCUCUCUCUCUCUCUCUCUCUCUCUCUCUCUCUCUCUCUCUCUCUCUCUCUCUCUCCUAACUAACUAACUAACUAACUAAACCAUUGAUGAUGUCACUCACCAUCUGGCUUCCAUAACAGUGGCAUCUCCUGCAUAGCAAUCCGCCAGCUUUUUUUAUCCUGCUCUGUUUGGAUAUCUUCUCUGUCAUGGCCUCUUGGGUAAUUGUGCACUGUGGUGUCUGCGUUGCUGGAUGGUAAUGGUGCUAAUAGCCCUGUUCUCUGGCUGCCUGGCUGGCUGGUGGUGGCUGAUGACAGGUACUCUGGGGAGCAGAUAAUGGAUGUCUUCUCUGAAGAGGACUUCCGCCUCUACAGGUAGGUGUGUGUGUAGUUAAGUUUCCAUUCAAUCUGCAACAGACUUUCAUGCAAAUAUUCUAAAAUCUGCAUAAAAACAAAACGCGCAUUUUCCAACCUGAGAUGUGUUUACAUCAAAUUGACUUGUUGCAGAUAAAUGGCUGUGCGUCUUGAUGUAGUGCACAUAAAAAUAACUUUUGCGGUUACAUUUACUGAACACAAAAAUACAAGUUAAACUGGUUUCCAAUGCAUUUUCACUUGUGUGUGUCUAUGAAUACAAUUCACAGGCCCAGGUUACUGUAAGAAGCCCUGUAUAAAUCGACUGACUGAGUGACUGUUUCAUUGGUUGUUUAAUUUGGUGAUUGAUUGAUUACUUCCAGCCUCCAGGGAGGUGCGUGGUCGUAUCUAGCGGAGACAUUUGACCUGGACCCGUCUCUUCUCACGCAUCAACAGCACACUGGCCAAGACACAGCAUGACGAGUACUGGCUCCCUCACAAAGACAAGGUAAGAUAACAGAAUAGAAGGUAAGGUGUUAUACACACACACACUUUUCAACUUUUCUUCUUUCAGCGUUAUCGUGUGUCAUGAAUUACCUUUAGUUCUGAAGUCAAUAAGUAGUCAAGCCUCAUAGCAUCCCACAAUGCAAUGAAUGCCCCCUUCUAUUUCACACUAUAGCUGACACACUGGCUGUAUCCAGACUCGUCUAAACCAAAGGCUACACUUCCUCCCAUUGGUGUUUAAAUAUCCCCUUUAAUAUUUAUUAAACAUAUUUGAUAUUCAUGUAAAUAAGCUGAAACUGUUUUGUACUGUAGUUCUGUAUCAAUGACUUCAUAAAACAUAUGGAAUGAACAAUAAAAUGUAUGAAAUGUGUUGAGGUGGAGCGUAAAACUUUUUAUUCAUUUAGUUUUUUCUCUCCAAAAAGUGAUUUAAAUAUGGUCUUGAUAGUAGGUUCAUAGUUCAUCCAAAGUUAAGUAUUUUCUGUGGGAUUCAAUGCAUCUUUGAUUGCACCACGUGAAUGUAUCUCAUUACUGUUUAGCCAGCAGGGCAAUGGAAUGAAGCGAUCAUUUCAUGCCAGGUUCCUCCCAUUCACUAUUCCUGUCUUGACUGUGGACCUCGGCAAAGAAAACUCUUUGAAAUUAAUUGGGCUAUUCAAUAAAUAGGACUGUUGGCGUUUUUUGUACACGUUGAAAACUACAGAUAAUGGCUCUCGAAGGAUCUGUCGAAAUGUUUAUCUUGUCUGUUCGCUAACGCGUGUGUUUUAGCAUCUUUGAGCAUUGUUCAUUUACUCGUGCUCCAUCAUCAGGUUGUGUGUGUGUCUCUGGGAAUUGUUCAUUCGCAUUUUUAUUUCUGACCAUUAUUCAUUUCUGGUCAUAUCUCCUCGGAAGUCUUCCGCAAUAGCUCCACAACAGCUGGAGAAAAAAAUAAAGUCAUCCAAAAACCCCAACCCUCUCCCCCAUCGGUCCCCUUCUCUCCUGCCCUAGGUCCAUUUGGCCCAACCUAAUUUAAAUGUAAAUGGGUUUCGGCGUCUUUGGUUCCCUCCCCAUCGAUCACACUGCUGAGGUGGUUUCAUACACCCCUGGCCUCUCUGCUACAAUGUGACUGUUCUCUCUACAGCCCAGGACUAAUCUACAUAAUAUCUGACUGGAAGACUUGGGGAAACUAAUGUAAAACAGUGUGAUUUUAUUCAGAACCUUGUGCAUGAUCAUCCAGAAGACAGACACUAUUUUUGGGGGUAUGUUCCCAAAUUGAAGAAGAUCAUUUUAAUUAUGUUAAUUUGACUACAAAUAUGUUAUGUCCCAGAUGUUAUUUGGUUUGAUCCCACUCAGUGUGUCUGGAGAUAAUAACAACCUGUCUUGUGUGUUACCUGCCUACCAGGUAACCUACAGAGAUCCUUUGACUACACCUGUCUGACUACGGAACCGACUUCACCGGAGGGAGGUUCAUCUUCAUGGACUCCAAUGGCAACCGCACUGUGGAACCACGCACAG